AUGGGCUCAAUCACGUCAGUAAGAGAGGCUGUUGGGCGAAUUGCUGGCCUCUCUAGCAAUAUAGUAAUUUCAGUACAAUCGUCUCAAUCUGUUGAUUUGGAAUUUUCAAAUGGUUUGCAAAAUGUGGUCAACACAGUGGCUGAGAGCACUCCAGAAGUAAUUUCAGUCCGCCACAAUGCCGACCCAUUUCUUUCAGCAGUACAGCCCGCUCGUUCAGGCAAGCUCGUCACUAUCACCACUACUUCACCGACUCUUCUCUCUGCCGUCCCGCAUCUCUAUAAAUUAGCAUCAUACCCAGUGGUCGUCCAUGUUUCUCUGGAACCAGCUGAAUGCCCAGAUUAUUCGGUAAUCUCUUCAAUUCGCCAAUGCGGCUUUACUUUUCUGCAUUCAGAAACUCUUCAAGAAGCUCAGGAUAUUGCUCUCUCCUCCCAUGCUCUUGCAGUUCAAUCUGGCAAAGGAGUCAUUCACUUCUUUGCUUCUGCGGAUUCUGCAGAGGAUGCAUCCAUAGACUUCGAGGACAAGGAAUUUGUUCGUGAGGUACUGGACGUGGAUGCUGCCAAACCUCGAUUGGAGAGCACAUCCUCGAAUCUCUACGCAAAUGUUGACAACACUGCGAAUGCCCGCAUUGAGCCAGAGGGUGCCGAGUCCUCGCCGCAAUCUGUAACUUCAGAUGAUAUCUAUAACAUUAUCGCAAAGAUUUGGGAACAGAUCGAGAAAGGCACAGGCAGACGCUACCAUGCCUUCGAGUAUGCAGGGCCUCCGAAUGCGGAGUCUGCUAUCUUCGUCUUUGGAUCCAACACGAAGGUUUUCGCUCGUGAAAUCAAUGACGCGUCCUCAACAGAUGAAUUUUUUGGGGCAGGCAUUAUCAGUGCACGUCUAUAUCGUCCUUGGCUUAGCGAUAAAUUAGUUGCAGUUUUGCCCAAGACUCUACGUCGUUUUGCAGUAUUGGAACAGACUCGCAAGAACACUACGAAGUGGGGACCGGUAUUACUGGAUUUGCUUGUUUCUCUAAAGACUGGAGAGUCGAAAAAUACCGCUCCUGUUAUUGUAGGGCACCACCUUGGCUCACUCGAACCGACAACCGUUCGACAAGCUCUUCGAGGUAUUUUCCAAAAUCUUCAUUCAGGAAGCCCGGUGCAGAAUUUGCGGAUCGGAAAUCAGGCUGUCUCGGGUGACAGUGCUUCUCCUUCUGAGGCUAGACAGCCUGAGGUAGAGAACGCCUAUAUGAAGAUAUUAAGUCAGGUAUUUGGCGACCAUCUGCACAUUGCGAAUCGUUAUGGGAAUGACAACGCUGGAAUUUCUUCCGUUAUUGCCUCGAGCCCAGAGUUUGGAUACGGAUCUCUCAUUGCUCGUUUGGAUCAACGGAAAACGUUCGUCUCUGAGAUACAGGAAGAGGCCAAGACCCAGAACUUUGCUUCGGAUGCUUCAAAGGACUCGCUGUCGAAGUGGGCUCUCAGUGCGGAAGACCCGAGGAGAGCAAAUCAACUUGCAGAGGAAGUGGUCAAAUCCCUUAGCCUUGACGGAUCUUCAGCUGCAGCCAGAUUGCUGCAGUCAAAGGCUCUUUUCUUCAAGGAAUCGCAGUGGUUGAUUGGCUCAGACGCUUGGGCUUACGAUCUCGGAAACUCUGGCAUACAUCACGUUCUAGCAUCCGGGCAGAAUGUCAACAUGCUGAUUCUAGACUCUCAGCCAUAUUCAGAGAGGACCGCUGCAGACGCAACGCGACGGAAGAAGGAUAUCGGCCUUUAUGCCAUGAAUUACGGUAAUGCAUACGUUGCAUCCGUAGCUGUGUACAGCUCCUACACUCAGGUAUUGCAGGCUAUGCUCGAAGCGAGCCAAUUUGAAGGUCCUUCAGUUGUGCUUGCUUAUCUGCCUUACAAUAAAGAGAACGAUACGCCUUUGACUGUCCUUCAGGAGACGAAGAAGGCGGUUGAUCUUGGUUACUGGCCAUUGUAUAGAUGGCACCCCUCAGAUGGCGACGAUGGAGAGCCAAGCUUCUCUCUGGAUUCUGAACGCAUCAAACGUGAUCUAGAAGAAUUCCUGCGCCGCGAAAAUCAACUAUCGCAGCUGAUGCGCCGACACCCUGAGUUUUCUGCCAAUCUAUCCAAUUCAUAUGGCUCAGAAGUCCGUGAGUUGCAGAAGAGAAACGCUAAGGAUGCCUAUAGCAAGCUCCUUGAGGGUCUCUACGGAGCUCCAAUCACGAUCCUUUUCGCGUCCGACAAUGGAAAUGCGGAAAGUCUGGCAAAGCGUCUCGGAAAUCGCGCCAAGGCGAGAGGUCUGAAGUCAAUGGUACUCGCAAUGGACGAUUAUCCCCUUGAAGACCUUCCGAAGGAUGAAAAUGUUGUAAUGAUCACCAGUACGGCUGGUCAAGGCGAGUUUCCCCAAAACGGUAGAGGGUUCUGGGAUGGCAUCAAGUCUGCGAAUGACCUCGAUCUAUCUUCUGUCAAAUACGCCGUCUUUGGUUUGGGUGACAGCCAUUACUGGCCUAGAAAGGAGGACAGGAUUUAUUACAAUAAGCCAGGCAAGGAUCUUGACGCUAGAAUAAAGCUACUGGGCGCUAAGCCUCUGGUUGAUCUCGGACUUGGAGACGACCAAGAUCCCGAUGGCUACCAAACUGGAUACGGCGAGUGGGAGCCUAAGUUAUGGGCAGCGCUCGGUGUCGACAAAGUUGAGGGUUUGCCGGAGGAGCCGGCUCCUCUGACAAAUGAGGAUAUUAAGAUCCAGUCUAACUAUCUCAGAGGAACUAUCGCCGAGGGAUUGAUGGACGAGAGUACUGGCGCCAUAUCGGCUAGUGAUCAGCAGCUUACGAAGUUCCACGGCACUUAUAUGCAAGAUGACCGUGACAUUCGAGAGGAGCGCAAAGCUCAAGGGCUUGAGCCCGCCUAUUCCUUCAUGAUUCGAUGCAGAUUGCCGAGUGGCGUUGCUACUCCACAGCAAUGGCUGCAAAUGGAUGAAAUCAGCAGCGCACACGGUAACGAGACCAUGAAGCUGACGACAAGGCAAACCUUCCAGUUCCACGGUAUCGUUAAACGUAAGCUUCGACCUGCUAUGCGGGCCAUCAAUCAAGCCCUUAUGACGACAAUUGCGGCCUGUGGUGAUGUCAAUCGAAACGUCAUGUGCAGUAGCCUUCCGGAGCGUUCCCAGUACCAUCGGGAGGUGCAUGCGGUAUCAAAGAAAAUCAGUGACCAUCUUUUGCCGGCCACGACAGCUUACCACGAAAUUUGGCUUAAAGAUGACAAUGACAACAAAAUUCAGGUCGCGGGAAAUGCAGUUGUGGACCAAGAACCCCUGUAUGGUCCCACCUACCUUCCCAGAAAAUUCAAGAUUACCAUUGCCAUCCCGCCACACAACGAUACAGAUGUUUAUGCACAUGAUAUUGGUCUGAUCGCCAUCAAGAAUGGAGGAGAACAUCUGGAAGGUUUCAACGUCCUCGUCGGCGGUGGUAUGGGCACCACUCAUAACAACAAAAAGACAUACCCACGGACUGGCAGCAUGAUCGGCUAUAUUUCAGCAGAAAAGGUCCACAUUGCUUGCGAAAAAAUCAUGCUUGUUCAGCGUGACUACGGUGACAGAAAGAACCGAAAGCACGCGCGAAUGAAGUACACCAUAGACGAUAUGGGUGUUGAUGUUUUCCGUGGCAAGGUUGAAGAGCUGCUCGGCGAGAAGUUCGAGGAGCCGCGGCCCUUUAAAUUCUUCAGCAACAUUGAUACCUUCGGAUGGCAGAAGGAUGAAGAAGGUUUCAACCACUUUACCGUCUUCAUUGAAAAUGGCAGAAUUGAGGACACAGCUGAUUUCCCCAUGAGGACUGGCCUGCGAGAGAUCGCGAAGGUGCAUAAGGGCGAGUUUAGAUUGACUGGAAAUCAGCAUCUCAUACUGAGCAAGGUGCACAACGACGACCUUCCCAUGAUCAAGGAGAUGCUUGCGAAAUAUAAACUCGAUAACCUUCAAUUUUCCGGUCUGCGGCUUAGCUCUUCGGCCUGUGUCGCUUUCCCAACUUGUGGUCUGGCAAUGGCCGAAAGUGAACGAUAUCUUCCCCAGUUGGUCACAAAGCUUGAGGAUACUCUAGAAGAAAACGGAUUGAGACAUGACUCAAUUGUCAUGCGGAUGACAGGAUGCCCGAACGGCUGUGCGCGUCCAUGGCUUGCAGAGGUCGCCUUUGUCGGCAAGGCAUACGGUGCAUACAACAUGUAUCUUGGCGGUGGCUAUCACGGACAACGUCUUAACAAGCUUUUCCGAUCCUCUAUCAAGGAGGACGAAAUCUUGGCGAUUAUGAAACCUCUCCUCAAACGAUAUGCGCUGGAACGCCAGGACGGUGAACGAUUCGGAGAUUUUGUUAUCCGAAUUGGAAUGAUCAAGGCAACGCUUGAAGGAAAGAAAUUCCAUGACGAUGUGGCCGAAGCAGAGGAGGAUGAAGAAUCUUGA